UCGCCACAUUCACAGCAGAAACCGUCUCAGAAACCUGAACAACCCCACGCAUUCACUCGUUAAACGGCACAUGUGAACAGUGUAAAAAAUGAAACGGAGCAAAAGUGCUUUGCAACGCGUUAAACAUUUAAUAAUAACAUCAGCCUGUCAACGAUAAUGUGCGUGUAUUCGUCCGAAACCAAUAUGAAAAAGCGCUACAAAUAAUAUUCGGAUAAACGCAUAUCAAAUAGUAGCGCUGACUAAAGUUCACCGUACAGUUUCUUGGCACCGGAGGAUGGCACAAGGGUGUUUUUAUGUCGAGACGUUGUGACAAGGAGCACCGCAGGAAAAUGCAGAAGGAGAACACCAACCCGCAGGCCGAGGUGCACCAGUACGUCGGGCCCUACCGACUCGAGAAAACUUUAGGAAAAGGACAAACUGGUUUGGUGAAGUUGGGAGUUCACUGUGUGACUGGCAAAAAGGUGGCAAUUAAAAUAAUAAACAGGGAAAAAUUAAGUGAAAGCGUCUUGAUGAAAGUUGAACGAGAAAUAGCGAUUAUGAAAUUAAUUGAUCAUCCGCACGUUCUGGGACUGACUGAUGUUUAUGAAAACAAGAAGUAUUUAUAUUUGGUGUUGGAACAUGUUUCUGGGGGUGAACUGUUCGAUUAUCUAGUCAAAAAAGGGAGACUGACUCCAAAGGAGGCGAGAAGGUUCUUCAGACAAAUCAUAUCCGCCCUCGACUUUUGUCACAGUCACUCCAUUUGUCAUAGAGAUUUAAAGCCUGAAAAUCUACUGCUGGACGAAAAGAACAACAUUAAAAUCGCUGAUUUUGGCAUGGCAUCUUUACAACCGAUGGGUUCUAUGCUCGAAACUAGUUGUGGAUCACCCCAUUACGCUUGCCCGGAAGUUAUACGAGGUGAAAAAUACGACGGAAGAAGAGCUGACGUUUGGUCAUGCGGCGUUAUACUCUACGCCCUCCUUGUUGGUGCUUUACCCUUCGACGACGACAACCUGAGACAAUUGUUAGAAAAGGUUAAGCGGGGUGUGUUCCACAUCCCCCAUUUCGUGCCGCCCGACUGUCAAAGUCUCCUGCGGGGCAUGAUUGAGGUCAACCCCGAAAAACGUUUAACUUUGGCUGAAAUUAACAAACAUCCUUGGGUAACGGCGGGUGGAAAGGGUGAACUGGAGCUGGAACUGCCCAUGAUGGAGGUGGUGCAAACGCACGUCCUCCCCUCCAUCGAUGCGGUCGAUCCGGAUGUCCUUCAAGCAAUUUGCAGCCUGGGUUGUUUCAAGGAGAAGGAGAAACUCAUCCAACAUCUCUUGAGUCCCAGUCACAACACCGAGAAAGUCAUUUAUUUCUUGCUGUUGGACAGGAAGCGGAGAAGACCAGCUUACGAGGACGAAACAGAUUCGAUGCUGAGAAUCAGAUGUGCCGAAUCCACCGAUCCACCCAAGAAACGAAUCGACACUUGCAGGGUUAACGGACAGAACACGUUGCAGUUCGGGCAGAUCAGCGAAGGGUCGCCAUUGACGCCCAGAAGAUCACACUACAAGAGGCACCACGCGAGGAGGAGCCCCUCGACUGGCUCCACACACAGCAGUCUCAGCAUCCAUUCACCAACUAGAUCUUCGUCUGGCGCUUCUAGUCCUGUGCUCUUCAACAGCACCAUCACACCCACCAACACUCACUCCGGAAUGUCGUCGCCGGUCAGCGGUCGCACCCCAUCCCACCAUCCGCACCGGAGCUCGACGCACAUGAGCCCCAAUACCCACGUGACGGUCACGCCGCCGCCCACCACCCCCACACACCACAGGGCGAACAGCAGCGGUGGCACGUCCGUCAUGUCGCUCACGUCACCCGAAAACGACGCCAACUUAGUCACGGGACCGAGUAUCCUCACUCCCAUGACUCCGCCGGGCUCACCGCACUCCAGUGGCAGCCACCACUGGCGAUCCAGGCUGACUACCAUCAAGAACAGCUUCCUGGGCUCACCUAGGUUUCACCGAAGGAAACUACAAGCUUCGUCGGAGGAGGUGCACUUGACUCCUGAGUCGUCGCCAGAACUUACCAAAAAGUCGUGGUUUGGCAGUCUUAUGACCACAGAAAAGGAUGAAACUUUUACUAUUUUAGUUAAGGGCAAACCUUUAGCUUCAGUCAAAGCUGACUUAAUUCACGCCUUUCUAUCGAUAGCAGAAUUGAGCCAUUCAGUGUCAAGUCCAAUGUCCUUCAGGGUGGAGUACAAGAGAGGUACAACAGGACCUGCAAUGUUCCAAAGGCAGGUCAGAUUUCAAGUGGACAUCUCCACUAUAACGAAACAAAGCACGGAUAAUGCCAAAGAACACUUGUACGCCAUCACCUUCACCUUGUUAUCUGGCAAUAUAAGACGAUUCAGGCGCGUGUGCGAGCACAUACAAGCCCAGGUGUGCACCAGACGUCCGCCACCAAGUCCCCGGGCCCAGAGGAAGUUCACCACCGAGCUAAGCGAAAGCUCCAGCUGCGGCUCCGACUCCAGCGAGCUCUUCCUCAACGCCCGACAGGUAAAACCAACCAAAUCGCCCCCCACCUUCGGUCUACAACGGUUGAUUUUGCAGCUGAACGUGUUGCAAUUGGAGGGCAGCGAUCUGGAGAGCGAGUGCAGCGUGUUCGACGUGCGCACCGCCGCCAGAGAGGUCUCCAGACGUGCCUCCACCAACAACAACACGGAGACGAUUGAGCAGACGGCGCCCGGCACUCCUAAAGCGGUCAGGAGCAAUUCGGAGAACACGGACUCGUGCGAGAAGAAGUGCAUCACCACGAUGUCCGGCAGCUCCAUAGCGUAAUAUACGGUCAGGGACGUGCUGGUCUAAAGAACACCACUCCCGACUAGAAAUCGCUGAUCUCUUGCCCAGCGUGACCUCAGCUAUCAUUUCUAGUUUAGAAUGUUUGUACUGUUUGUCUGCAUGUUUCCAAAUGAAACAAAGACAACAAUUCGUGUAAACUUAUGACAACCCCAUUUUUUGUUUAAACUGAUGCUUUUCAUUGGGUAAAGUGACUUAAGACAGUGUUCAUGUUUCCAAGUGAUGGCUGAGGUGCAGUAUGGCAAGAGAUUUGAUUUCGGUGCAGCACGGACGGUCAAAAUCUGACAAAUCAAUCGACAAAAACGGGAGAUUGGCUGUAAAUUUUAACUGGGGACGUGCAAUAAUAAUAAUUCGUUUACUAUUUCUUAAACUGUUAUUGGUUAGAAGCAAUACAAUUGUACUACGAACCCUCAACAACGCAUUGUUAUGAUAAUAUUAUUUAUAUUUUAUUUUUGGUCGGUUAACGUUUGCAGCCAAAACAAUUUAGGUGUGUUAGUUAAUUUUUACCUAAAACAAUUGUUAACGCAACUCCUACAAUCGAUUUGAUUUUAUAAAUGUUUUGAAGCGAUUGUCGGAUUUGGAAUUUGUGUUCCUCGAAGAUUUGUUGAGAGCUUGUUGUAAAUAUGCGAGGAGGCUUUUGUGAUUUUCCGAUUCAGUGUAAGCUGUAAAAACUUAUGUAACUAUUAUUAUUAUAAUAAUACUAAGCAAAAAAAAACAAAGUUGUUGACUAUAAUAUAAAUUAGUGGAUAAAAAAAGUUGUAAGAGGAACGAUGAACGUUUCAGAUUUGUUUUAUUAUUAGGAAUAAUCAAUUGUAUAUAGGAUCUGAAUUUUUAGUGGCUCGAAAAUUUAAUCCACAGUGUGUUUCGGACUGUACUAAAAUAUAAGGAAAUCUAGAUACUUGCCGGCCAUAUAUAGAUAAUACUAAAUAGAUAGAAAAAAAUGGGGGAACCCCGCAAUUGUAAAAUUAGUAAAAAAACUGUAACUUUAGACGAUUAUUUUUUUAAACGUGCGACGAAAACGUGCAAAUUAACACGUUAAUUGCACCUUCUCGACUUGGGUUCAUUUUAAAUAAAUUAACAUAUCAAAACGCUAAAAAAAUAAAUCUGUAAUCAGCUCAAAGUUUUAAAGAAUUGUGUCUAUAUAUACGUAUGCGGUACAGCUUCAUUUCAAAACUAUUAACCAUUCGGAAACUAAAGAGUGAACAAUUGUAAAUAGUUCAGUGUAAAUGAUUUUCACCCCCCUUUAAAAAAAUAUUGUUGCCAUUGUAUUUUACCUUUAAAUUAAAAGAAUUGUUUCUCCGCACCUUGUAUGUUAGAUUCUGUCAAUCGGGAUUAUUUUAUAUGAUAAAAGUGAAUAUAUUAUAUAUGACAUACGUGUAAGUGCUUGUAAAUACUAUUGUGAUAUAAUAAAAUAACAUUUGCACAAAAUCA